CCUUGGCGUAUUGUCGCUGUCUAAGUCCUCCUAUGUGCAAUUGGAAAGGCCCCACUCUGGUUCCCUCUUGACUUGAGUCUUGAGUCCGCAGUGGGCACGCGCGCAAAGCCAAGUGGUUCUUCACUCGUACAAAAUAGAAAUAUAAUUUGAAGAAAGGGGGUGGGUGUGGAUGAAUGUGAAUGUGAAUGUGAAUGUGAAUGUGAAUGUGAAUGUGAAUGUGUGAGGCAUGGAUGUGGGGAGACUGUUGUGGCUGUGGGUGAUAGCGAUCCCGGGGACGUUAUCAGAUCCGAGCGACGAGGCAUGCCUUUUGCAGCUGAGGAAGUCAUUGCAGGAUCCAAACAAGGUGCUCCAGAACUGGAGGGAAGAGAACUUGGCGAAGCCCUGCAACGACUCCACAUCAAAUCUGCAAGGAGCCAUCUGCAACAAUGGGCGGAUCUACAAGCUGUCGCUGAACAACCUGUCGCUGGGAGGCACCAUAUCGCCCUUUCUCUCCAACUGCACCAACCUCCAGACCUUGGACCUCUCUUCCAACUUCCUGACAGGCCCAAUCCCCCCGGACCUCCAGUCUUUGGUGAACCUGGCUGUCUUGAACCUCUCCUCCAACCGCCUCCAGGGGCAGAUUCCCCCGCAGCUCACAAUGUGCGCCUAUCUCAACAUCAUCGACUUCCACGACAACCAACUUACUGGGCCUAUUCCUCAGCAAUUGGGCCUCCUCGUCCGUCUUUCCGCUUUCGACGUCUCCAAUAACCGCCUCUCCGGGCCCAUACCCCCCUCCUUGUCCAACCGCACCGCCAACUUGCCCAGAUUCAACGCCUCUUCCUUCCUUCGGAAUAAGGAUCUCUACGGUUACCCCUUGCCGCCCUACAGAAAACAGGGUUUGUCCAUUUUGGCCAUUGUUGGGAUCGGAUUAGGUAGUGGCCUUGCUAGCUUGCUCCUUAGCUUCACCGGGGUUUGUAUUUGGUUGAAAAUCACUGACCGCAACAUCGCUCUCCAGGAAGCCAAAAUCACCCACCUUAUGCCUGAUUAUUGAAUUUAAUCACUCUUCUUCAAUUAUUCAAUUUUUAUUUUUAUUUUUAUUUUUAUUUUUAUUUAUAUAUCUUCUUCUUUUUUUCUCAUAACCAUCAACUGUUGUGUAUUAUUACUACUAUUAUUAGCUUGGAGAUUGGGUUGAUUUUGCUAAUUUGACAUGAUUCGGUGGGUUGGCACUUGGCACUUGGCAGGAGAGUAGGGUAGGUUAGUGGAUGAAGCGCUGCGCCGUUCAAGGUUCAACUGCAAACUUGUCUGCCAGUGUGCUAAAAUAUAUAUAUACAAACAGGCACAGCUGGUGGAGUAUCAUUUUCUUUUUAUUAUUUUUAUUUUUAUUUUUAUUGUGCCCUGUUUUUCUCACAUUAUCGGAGCUACUGGGGUCACCAACAUGGAUUGGGACUUGUCUUCUCCUGGAAUCACUUCCUCUUGUUCACUUCUUACUUCUUAGUCCAACAUCAACUAGUCAACCUUGUCAUUUACAACCUUAA